AUGCCAAACGAAUAUGGCGCUGAUCGAUGUCUUCUGGACGACAGCUUGUUGGCGCCUCGUUCAUCAGCUACAACGAGGCCGAGAGGAGGUUCAUCUCCAUCUCCAUCAAGCAGUUCCAUUGAAAAACUGAACAAUGCCGUAAAGGGAGCUCCACAAACUGCUGUGAUCAGUAUAAAUGGAAUGACUUGUCAUGCUUGUGUGAACAACAUUCAAGACACAAUGCGAACUCGGCCAGGCAUUCACUCAUGCAAGGUUUCACUUGAUGACGCCGAAGGUGUUGUCGUCUUUGAUCCUAUACUUUGGACUGGAAUGAGUGUGGCUGAGAGUAUCGACGAUAUGGGUUUCGAAGCGAAACUAAAGUACACUCGGGAAGGGGACGAAAUCUCCGUAGCGGCCAAUUCCGCUACCAGAAAAGCCAUUAUAUCCAUCAAGGGAAUGAAUGGUGUGUCAUGCUUGCGUGAACAACAUCCAGGACACAACUUCGAAGCGGGAUGGAGUUCUUUCUGUGGCACUUUUAUAUUCGAUCCAUCCAUUGUGACAGCGGAUGAGCUUGUGGAGGCUGUAGAUGACAUGGGGUUUGAGACCCAACUGAUCAGUUGU